GUGCGCGCUGUUCUGUGUGUUGUGUCGGUGUGCGGGUCAGAACAGCUCCGGGUCAUCAUGAGGAGGCCUGAACACACCGGAUCCGUCUGAGCUCUCCUGUCAGUACGAAGCGAACAUGGCGCGUCUUUAAAGCGCAAACUGAGCGUGAAGAUCAGCCGCACGCACCAGUUACCUGUGAGCCUCAGUGACAGUGUAAGGAAGCCCACGAGGGUCAGUUCUUCCACAGCCUAACCAGGAUGUUGCAGCUGUGUAAAGUCACCAACGCCCUGUUCAUCAGUAACGCCCGCUCAGCCUGCAGCGACGAGCUCAUCCAGCAGGAGGCGGUGACGCUCUGCAUCAACGUGUCCAAGCAGCAGCCGUUUCCCUCCAGCAGCAUCAACAAGCUGCAGAUACCCGUCUAUGAUGACCCCAACGAGGACCUGUACAGCCACUUUGACCGCUGUGCCGACGCCAUCCAGAAGGAGGCGAACCGCGGCGGACGCAGCGUCGUCUACUGUAAGAACGGACGCAGCCGCUCGGCCACGAUCUGCAUCGCCUACCUGAUGAAGCACCGCAAACUGUCCCUGACAGACGCCUUACAGAAAGUGAAGACGGCUCGUCACGUGAUCGACCCGAACCCCGGCUUCAUGUCUCAGCUGCAGAGAUACGAAGAGGAGCUGAAGCGGAGACGAGGAAAGUCCUGAUCCUUCUUACAAACCUCAGAGUCCUGAUGUGAAAACUGAAGCAGCGGAAAAGCUUCUUCACCUCCGUCCUCCUCGUCUGCAGGAUUUUACUCUGCCGUCUCUUCAUUUAAGGCUUAGAUGAAUGAAUUAACCUCUAGAUUAUGACCUGUUUUUAAAAAGAAGCACCAACAAAUAUGUAUUGAACUUAUUUUAAUGUUAGGAUACUGAAGAUAUCUGAGUGUCUAAAAUGUGACCUGAUAAAAAAAAUCUUUAAGGAAAGUUUUUAUUACAAAACUGAACAAGUGGAGCUGAUGAGAAAAAGUAUAGAAAUAAAAAAGAAAGAAAUUUGAAAUUAGGUCAAAUAACACAAGAAUGCAGAUUAACUAUAAAACUUGAACUAAGCUGAAGUGAAGGUGGAACUGUAUUACCUCUAAGAUAAACUGAAUAUACACUCUACAUGAUGUUCAUCUAUAGAAUAAGAGGCUCAUUUAUUGUACGUAAUCACAAUAACUUUAUUUUUAUAGACUUUUACUUUGUUACAAAGAACAAGGAGACCGGACAAUAUUUUGUGGAAAAUAGAAGAAGAAGAGAUCAAAAAGAGCGGAGGGUCCAAGUUAUCCAGUUAUCAGUUAUGAGGGCUGAUCUAUCAGGUUGCAACUGACCACUGGUUUCACUAUCGAUUACUUUGUGGCCAAUCCUUCUUUUUUAAAUGAAAAUAAAAUACUUUAAACCACAAUUGACAACAAAAUAGUAUGAAAAAGGAUUAUUUCUAUGCUCGUCCUCCCAUUGGUUCACUAAUCAUGAGAAAAUUAUAAAAGAAUGGUCUGUAUUUCUGUCUAAACACUGAGCUUUCUUUUCUUGUCCAGCUCAGGUCUGAGCACACGUGGCUGCAGUUCCACAUUUUACCUCCAGGGGGAAGCAUUUACAACGAAAAUAAUGCAGACCUGUGAACGCAUGAUGAGUCAGGCUCCUCUUUAAUUUGAUCCGAAACAUUUAAAAAAAUCCACAAAGAAGCUGAGGGAUGAUAAUAAAUUGUGACGUGAGAUUUCGAUCUUCAUCAGCGUCUCUCUUGUGAACCUGAUUAAAUGAGAACUCACCUGGAUUUUACUCUGACAGGAUGUAACCUUAGGAGGCUAUCUCACUGAUCCCAGGUCAGUUUCACUGUAGAGCAUGGAUGAUGUUACCCUAUGAGUUUCAGUUAAGCUGCGGUAAUAUGGUGACAUUUCCAGUUACUUAAGCCUCUCCUGUUAAAACCUGUGAAAGAAAUUCUCACCAAACCUUUACAUUUAUUAUUUGUCAAAGAAUUAUUUCCCAGGAGGCUCCAAUCUAACUUUACCCGAGAUUAAUUGUCUUAAAAUCUCCAACUAUUUGGAUUCAAACUAACGGAUCUUUCCUUGAAAGUUUUGAAAAUUUAAAAAAUGGUUUAUAAAAGGUUUGCAGUAUUGUUUAAACAUUCAGUUUAUUUUAAGAUCAAAAAUCAUUACAGUGUGAAAAUGUUAAAAUAUUGAUCUGAUUGUGGAAUUGUUCAUUUAAAUAUGUGAAAAGUUUUAAUUUUCCAGAACAGAAAUCUUCAAAUGUUUUGUGUUGUCAUACUAAAGUCAAAGGUUGUUAUAAGCGAGAAGUUUGAAAGAUUUUUUGGGUAAAUCACUAUAUAAAACUGACAAUACUGUUAAGAUCAAGUAACAGUUCAUAGAACUAAAAUAUUCUAUGAAUCAGCCUCUGAAUGAUACUCGAGAAAACUUUCUUCCUGGACACAAACAGAAAAGCAACAUGUUCCUGAUAUUUUAUCUUUCAAUAAACAAACAAAAACAAAAAAACAGUUGUGCACAGAUUUGGAUACAUAUCCAAAGAUCAAAUUGGAGACAGACCUCGCUGUGUGUGGUGGACUUUUGUCCCUAAUAGAAGAAACAAAGAAAGAAGAUUAAUUAUUACUGUAAAAUAGCACAAAAUCUUAAAACUGUGCAUAAAAACAAAAGAACACAAACAAACAAAAAUGUUUUGCCUUAAAGAGCCACUGAAUUAUUAAUAGUCUGUUUUUUAAUGCUCCAUCAAAUGUCUUAAAGUUUUGUAAAUAUACAACAUAUAAAAUACUCAGGUUAAAGUAGUAGAAAAGAAACAAACAAACUCAAGUACAUAUGUGGGAAACGGUCUGAAUUUUUAACAUUUUGGCAGCUUAUUAAGCCUGAAAGAUAAAAUGUCUCGUGAUGUAAAAGAUGUGAGGAAAUAUCCUGUUAGGAUCAUUUUUCAGCCCAAUUUCACAAAGUCUGUGAAAUUCAGCAGUUUUAGAUGUUAAAUGUGUUCUGUGAGUUUUAAUGCUGGUUAAUAAUUAUCUUUUAAUAAACAAAACAAAAAAACCUUGUGAAAAUCUUUGGUGUCUGCAGAGUCUUACUGUUGAUCUCAGGUGUGUCCUCCUUGUUGUGGUGCUGCCAUUUGGAUCUAAAAGCAAUGAUUUUAAUUGCACAGAUAUUAUUUAAACCACCUGUGACCUCAGUUUUUAUUGCUUUUAUAAUCUAUGAUUAUAAAAUUUCUGUGUUAAUUAAAAGGUUUUACUGUAAGAGGAGCUUGAAGAAAUAACCCUGUUCUGUCUCUUUAAGACCAGUUUGCUGUAAACAAUUAAAAAUAAAG